AUGAAAAAUGUUGGAGAGCUGAUUGCGCCAGUGGAUGCAGGCCGGUGUGUGGGCAUCGAGAUAAUCAACAACACCAGAGAUGUGACCCUCGAGAACCCCAGGACUUACUGUUUCAGCGGCCGUUCUGCAAUAGACCCUGUGUCCCGCAUCCCCCCGGGCUCUUCCGGGAGCAGCGUGUUUGUGAAAACAAGCUACACAGCCCGUGGGAGCGUCGGGGUGCUGAGCUACGAGUCCAACGCGUUCACUCUGGCCAUCAUGUUCUCCAACCCCUUUGACCGUGUACUCUACAGCUCAGAGUUUGCCAUCCAGAUCUUCACUGGCAGGAAGCACUUCCACAGCAUGGAGCACCUCUACAACUAUAUGUACAGUGACGGCCCUCCCUAUACGUGUGAGUCCUACAGGAAAGUGAAACUCGAAGUCAUGGAAGGCAAGCUGGAGGUGACCAAUGAGGAGAUCCAGGUGACGGCCAGCAUGUCCAGCAAGGAUAAAUCCAUCAUUAAAGUGCAGAUUGAGCAAAAAGAUCGCUGCCCAUCCUAGCUGCCCACUCAGCCAACCCAGGAGGCUCAUGGAAAUGCCCCAGUGUGACAGACUAGGGGGCUGCUGGUUGGAAAUAGUGACUCUCUUUCUCCCAGCUUGAGUGGGCAGUGAUGUGCUAGCUCUGCUUGAAUUAGUGCACUAAGAAUGGCCAGAGCGGUGUGGGUGGUGGGAAGAGCUAGCUACCCAAGUGCACUCUCAGCUGACCUCCUGGGUACGUUCUUGGAUGGCUAACCUGAGUUGCUGCCCAUGCCACAGUGUCCUCACUGCUAUUUUUAGUGCACUAGUGCAUGUCUGUCUACCCAGGCUGGGCAGCAUCCAGGCCUCCAGGAUUUUGUCAUCAUUUUAUUAAAAAGUUUUCUUUCUUGCUUAUUUUUUAACCUCCGAAAUAACAGGUGUUGGCAUAUGAAGACCUGAACCUGAAGCAUUUAUCAUGGUGAUUAAACUCCCAGAAGCUUUGCAAAAAAUAAUGCUAAAAAAGAUAACGUAGAAUUAUUAGCAAAUAAGAGCUAAACUUCUUGUAAGUGGAAAUAUGUUUAAGAGAAUGACCUUUCGGUAUAGCUGUAUAUGGUUGUUUUUAAUUGCACGUGUGCUUGCUAGGUAAAAUAUAAUUGGCUAAGCAGCUUAAAUAAAAGUUAUAAAUUGUAAUGGAAAC